UGACCUUUGUACUGGAGUUCAAUCUACUACAUUAAGCAAUUGCAGAACAGGCUUAAUACUACUCGCACAGUUGAUAAAGUGCUCUUGGUUAUAUAUAUUCUUCUAAUUGCAGUUAUUUCAACAUGUUGAAGCUCAUGCCAGGAAAACUAGCAUUUGUUACUGGUGCUGGAAGUGGCAUAGGAAGAGAGGUGUGUCGAGUUUUCGCUCGAGAAGGUGCUACUGUUAUAGCAACUGAUCUAAAUGUCAAAACUGCUGAGGAAACUGUAGCUACUUUGGAAGGUGCUGGUCAUGCUGCAUUAAAUAUUGAUGUUGCUGAUCGAAACAGUGUUGAAACAGUAUUUAAACAUGUGUUAGAGCAAUUUUCAAAACCGCCUACCAUCAUUGUUAAUUCAGCAGGCAUUACACGGGAUCACUUUUUAGUAAAACUGACUGACAAUAACUUUGAUGAUGUAAUCAAUGUCAAUUUAAAAGGCACUUUUCUAGUUAUGCAAACUGCUGUCAAAGCAAUGAUAGAAGCAAAUGCAACCAAAGAUUCCUCGAUUAUCAAUAUCAGUUCAAUUGUCGGUAAACGUGGGAAUAUUGGACAAAGCAACUAUUGUGCAUCAAAGGCUGGAGUGGUUGCUAUGACAAAGACUGCUUCCAUGGAGUUUGGACAGUUUGGGAUUCGGGUGAAUUCAGUACUGCCUGGUUUUAUAGACACUCCUAUAACUGCAACUGUUCCUGACAAAGUUAAAGAAUUAUUUAUAAAAAAUAUACCGUUGCAAAGACUUGGAAAGCCGCAAGAAGUGGCAGAAGUUAUUGCAUUUUUAGCUUCUGAUAAGAGUUCUUAUGUAAAUGGAGCGUCUAUUGAAGUUACAGGUGGAAUGUAUUAAAUUUUAUGGUUUAUUAUGAACUCGGUAUUUAAUAUAAUAAUGUGACUCAGGAAUAUGAGAAAGACAUAAAAUGUUGGCGAAUAUCACAUAUCUAAAUAUUCAGAUAAUCAUGCGAAAUGGCUUAAGGUAUGUUAUUUUUUCUUAAGUUUGAUUGGUUUAUUAAAUGAACAUUUUAUGAAUAAUGUUAAGUGGGUAAAUAUAUUGAGAUUAUUUUGAACAUUUUUAAAACUAAUUCUUAAAACCAUUCUGUUAAGAAAAUAUCAAUUAAGCGUAUGUAACACCUUAUAUCUUGAAACUUCCUCUAUUUGAUAGAAAACUUUUGUUACCAGAAGUUAUGUAAAUACCGUUUGUGCUCAUCAUAUAUACUGUAUGACAUAUUUUAUUGCAAUAUUGAAAGUAUACAUUUUUUUAUUAAUAAUAUAUAUUAAAUAUAUAUUUAAUACAUAUUUGGGUAAUUGUUAAGAAUACCCACUGCACCUCCGAUUUUGACGAAAUUAGGCUCAUUCAACGCGUUUUCACUCAAAAUGAAAGAAUCUGGCAAGAAAAAGUGUCGCUCUGGCCCGUGAACCGAGAUAUCAAGCGUUGAAGUUGGUGAUUGCACAGGUUAAGAUACCUGUCAUCUCGGCGUUAUGUAGCAAACUGAGCAUGCGCUGUUAUCACGUUUGCAUGCUGGUGACCGCAUGCGCAUGCGUUUUAGUAACUUAAUUUAUUUAAAAAGUGUUAAAUAAAAAUUUUGAAAUUUA